CGUUUGAACACCACGUGUCGUCCACCACAAAACAAAGAAGAACACCACGUUGACAGCCAUGGAAAGUUUUGUGCUGUUCAGAGGAAACAGGCGCCUAACUCUUAGAGAUGAUGACAUGACUGUAGAAAAAAUCAGCAGGAUAUUUCAGGUCAGUGGCACCAGUCUGUAUAUUACUGAUGACAGCAAUGUGGCUGUGUUUCCUGCGCCUGAUGGCCACUUCAGUAUUAUUGACCUCAGAAGGAGCCAUUAUGAGGUCCAUGGCGAAAGCAUCAGCUCAGAGGGUUCACCUAGUCUCAAUGCAGCAGCAACACCCGUCCCUACUCGCUUUUCCUUUCACCGUCCAGUCAGUGCAGCUGUGGGUUCUGCAGCUGGUUUUGUUACAAUUCCAAGAGCUGCUAUACCGAAAUCCUUCCAAAGGAAUGUUUUCAUUGCUGACAUUCACGAUGGCAAGCUGGAGACAAGCAAAACAUUAACAGUCCGUUUUUCUGAGUUUGAUGCUUCUGUUCCGGGUAUUGUCAGUAAAGUAAAAGAUGCCCUUGGGCAAGAGGGCCCACUAAUCCUGACUGAUGGUCAAGGAAAGGAAAUCCUGGAUUCUGAAGGAACGAGAGGAUCAGCAUAUUGGAAACAGAAUGCGCGAAAAAUAUUCGCUGUGCCGCAAGAAGAAUUCCAGCGCCUACAAGAAACUAAAAGAAGGAGAGUGAGUCGCCGAGAAGACACCAGUCUUCACGAUGUUUUGGACACCAUAGAAGAAGUUGUUCUUGUAGCCCAGGACCUUCAAGGUGUGUCCAGUAAGAUCAGAGAGCUCAUAGAGCUAACCAACUCCAACCGCAAGACACUGUCCCUGACAGAUGCCCAAGUAGCAGCAAUUAGAGGUGCAUUUGCCUGCAUUAUUUGCAGAGAUCUAAUGAAUGAGCCAAUGGUUUCCUCAUGCUGCCACAGUCUCAUUGGCUGCAGGACGUGCAUCGAGCAAUGGCAGCUAAACUCUCCCUCCUGCCCAAAAUGCAGAGCUGGUGAAUCUAAUAACAAUAUGCAACUGCUUACAGGUCUCUCUGAUGCACUGGCUGCACUGAGAGACACGCUUUUUGAGUAAUACUGUAUAUUACAUACAAGAGAUACUGCAUGAAAGGAUGUGCAAUUGUUGAUUUUUUCUGUUGGUUUCUAGUUUCUUUGUUGUUCUGAAAAUGUCAAAUCGUGCAGUUCAAGGGCUAUUUUGUGCAUUGUUUUAUUUGGUUAUUUAUUUUGCACCAUCUAGAAUGCUGUGAAAAUCAACGUGCAAUAUUGGAUUUACACAAGCUAUGCAGUGUGUUUGGGGUAGAAAGAGUCUUCCUUUUUUUCAAUACUGGUGCAAUGUUUUACAUAUUUAUGUCUUGUAUUCAAGGGUUUAACUUUAAAAUGUUAAAUACAACAUUCCUUAAGAGUCUACAGAGUUCUUAAGAAAAAAUAGUCUUCCUUUUUUUCAAUACUGGUGCAAUGUUUUACAUAUUUAUGUCUUGUAUUCAAGAAUUUAACUUUAAAAUGUUUAAUACAACACUCUUUGAGAGU